CUGUGUUAGUGUACGCGCAUGAUCUGCAUCACUCGUGUGGACUGCCACAGAUCACAGACCAGAAAAUAUCUCCUAUAAAUAGGGGGUAUGUUCUGUGAUCUGUGGCCGCAUGUCAAAAUAACGAGGUUAUGUGAUGUCCAGCCAAACAUUGAGCGAUUAGGUAUGUUUAAGUUAAAAAUAUGCGGAAAUAUCGCCCGCAGUUGCCUUCAAAGGGCCCCAAUUUGUAGUGCAAACGCUGGCGUAAACGGCGCCUCAAUGUUGAGCACUGAUGUUACUCCAGCGCAGUACAAAGGCCCGUACGAGCGGAAACAAAAUUUUGAGUUCCCGGCCCCAUUCAGGGAUAAACGGUUCAGGGCACUGCCUCCUGGAGAGUCCGAGCGGGAGUUCUUGGUAAGGGCCAAGAUGGAUCCAGACAGUUUUGGGGAAAAGCUGGAGGAAACUGAGGAAGACGCCGGAGAUUUGGAGGAGGAGAGGCACAUCGGCGAGCAGCCGUUAGCAUCGCAAAGGCUCUCCACCAAACAAUACGCCACAAUAAUAAAGGACUUUUUGCGGCAGCGCAAAAUCAAAGAAGCAAUCGAUGUGCUGGAGGUGAAAAUGCUGAAGGAGGACCGAGUGAAGCCGGAGAAUUACAUCUACAAUCUAGUGCUGGGCGGAUGUGGGCGCGUCGGCUACACCAAGAAGGCCUUCCAGCUGUACAACAACAUGAAGAAGCGGGCUCUUACAGUAACAGCCGGCACCUACACAGCGCUGUUCAAUGCCUGCUCAAACAGCCCCUGGCCGGCGGAUGGAUUAGCGAGGGCCAACCAACUGUACGGGAUUAUGCAGGAGAAAGGCUACACGCCCAACGACACCAACUACAAUGCGAUGAUUAAGGCCUUUGGGCGGUGCGGCGAUCUGCAGAUGGCCUUUGCUUUGGUCGACCAGAUGCGUGAGGCAAAGCUGCCCCUGCGAGAUGACACUGUUAGCUUCCUGCUGCAGAGCUGCAUUUCCGAUAAGGAGGCGGGCUUCAGGCACGCUUUGCUAGUGUGGAGGAAGCUGACCGAGAAGCGGGUGAAGCCGACCAUUUAUAGCUUCAACCUGUUGCUGAGAUGCGUACGCGAUUGUGGCCUGGGCGAUUUGGAGGCUACCAAGCAGGUCAUGGAGAAGUUGCUCAAUGUAGAGCGGGCGCAGUUGGCUCUGGUGAGUGGAGCGGAUCAGACGGCUCUGAUCGCCAAAGGGACUGAUGGGGAUGUGUCGGAUUUGAGGCCCAAUCUUCUGGCUGCGGUGCCCCAUUUGGGCAGUGUGUUGAGCAUCUCCGAAGUGAAGAACCCUGAAGAUCGACUGCUAUUGCUUGGAGGCUGCCAGGGCUUUAUCGAAACCAUGUUGCUUCACAAGUGCGCCCCCGAUAUCAAGACGUUCACUCUACUGUUGGACAGUUUGCCGAAAACGACAGCAGCUGAAAAAGAGCUGAUCGUCACGAUGAAGAAGCUGAACAUCCGGCCCGAUGUGGAUUUCUACAACAUGCUGAUGAAGAAGAGGAGUAUGCGAAAGGAUUACGAAGGCGCCAAGCAGGUGUUGACACAGAUCAAGCAGACGAAGAUGCGCCCCGAUCUGAUCACGUACGGAGUGCUGGCGUUGGGUUGCACCAACAAAGAAGAAGCCCUGGACUUGGUCAGCCAAAUGAACCAAACUGGCUACACGUUGAACGCGGCGAUUUUGGGAGCCAUGCUGAGGCAGGCCUGCGUCCAUAUGGAGUUCGACUACAUCUUCGAGGUGAUGGAGUUGUGCCUUCGGGAGUGCGUCCCGGUAAACAAGAUGUUCCUCGACCAUCUGCACUCGUUCAAAAAGUCGUGCCGCCACAAGCAAAACGCCAAGGAGCUGAGUCAUCAACAGGUGCGGAAGUUUGGAGUGUUCAAGAAUCGACUGGAAACGUGGCUGACUGAGGUGCAAAUCGACGAAGCGGAGGACGCGCAUCCCUGGCAGCAGUUCCGCCAGAACUAUCCUGAUGAGGUCCGGUUCAAGCCGAAGGAUUCCGCACGAUUUAAGGCACGGCAUACGUCGCGUUUCAAAGUGAAAACAUCCAGCAAACAUCGAAGAGGCGAUUGGUAAGCAUACGUUCAUGUGAUGAGUCUAAAUUUACUCGCCUAAAUGCUCUCCUAGUAUCUCACUCUUAAUAGAUUGCGAACUUUAGAGUUAACUAAAGGCAAAAACUUAGUAGCGCAUCCAAACAGUUUAAAGCCCUUUUCGGUUAAUAGAAAAACCAGUGUAGUCUUAGCGUUC